AAUAUUUGCUAUAACAAAUAAUAAUAUUUCCAGAUUCUCAUUUGAAGUUGUACCGCAGUACGGUACAAUGCUAGAACUUGGGCAUGUAGAUUUCUAUCCAGGAUCAGAUCUUGAGUUUGGAUGGAACCAGCCCGGAUGCUGGCAGGUAGCUGAUAUAGGAUCCUGCUCACAUUCCAGGUCUCAUGAUCUCUUUAUCUCUAGUCUAGAGGCUCCAUGCCCAGCACUACAGGUAUGUGUCAACACAACUUUGAUACCUAAUAGUUGUAACAAUCUGACAGCAGUGCUACCUACUAUGGGGUACUAUGUAGACAGAGAAAAGUUUGAUGGCAGAGCUUUCACCGUUCUCACUGAUGCAAAACUGCCCUUCUGUGUUACUGAGGAAUAUAACAAUCUUUUAUAACAAUUUUUUUAUAACAGUAUUUUUAAUUAAAUAAACUAAUUUUUGUAA